CUUUUUAGCGCCAAUGAAAUUGCACCUUUACGCAUGCGCGUUUCCAACAUCUACGUACGUAUGCGCAGAUGCUGUCAUGUAAAGGCGCCUUGACGCAACAAAAUCUGUGCGAGUAAACAGGUCGGAUAUACUUGCGUAUACCGAAGGAAAACGAUCUGCAAGAGGAGAUUAAUAGACGCAGUGUUAAGAAGCCAUACCUGCAGCUAGAAACACAUUAAAAUUUGUAAAAAGAGGAAUUUUUGCUUGUGUUAUUCGUUUGGUCUUUAAAUGCCACACGACAAAAAAGUCACGCGGCGCAGUCGAUCUCGCGACCGUGAACGGGAACGAGAGCGUGAUCGCGAACGACGUGACCGUCGACGCAGCAGGAGUCGGUCCAAGGAUCGCAAGAAGGAUAGGAAGCGGUCCAGAUCGAGGGAACGAUCGCGAGAGCGAGGUAGAUCGCGCGAGCGCGACAGGUCGCGGGAAAAGGAUCAGGAACGCUCGAGGGAUGGUCGAGAUGUCAAGGACAGAUCCAAAGAUGAGAAGAAGCACAAGAGUAGUCCUGUGCUUGUUGAAGAUGAUUCGAAGAAGGAUCUAAAAAACGAUAUCAAGAAAGAUGACGAAGAGUCGGAGGACAAGGUCAAGCAGAUGCCAAAGAAGGAACCGUUGAGUCUGGAGGAACUGCUGGCCAAGAAGAAAGCAGAGGAGGAAGCUCGAGCUAAACCAAAGUUCCUCACCAAAGAGGAGCGCGCGGCCAUAGCUCUGGAGAAACGUCAACAAGAGGUAGAGGCGAUAAAGAAACAGCAGGAAGAAGAUUUCAAGUUGUUUCACAGUGAUAGCUCUGGAAAAGAGAGAGAAUGGGAUGAUAGAGACAGGAGAAGAGAUGGACAACGUUUGCGCGAGGAUGAUAUUAAAGAUAAAGACAAAGAGAAAGAAGUAGAGGCUAUCAAAGAAAGAUACUUGGGAAUAAUAAAAAAAAAGCGACGAGUCAGAAGGUUAAAUGAUAGAAAGUUUGUCUUCGAUUGGGACACUUCAGAAGAUACUUCUGUGGAUUACAACAACAUUUAUAAAGAGAGACAUCAAGUGCAAUUCUUUGGUAGAGGCAAUUUGGCUGGUAUUGAUAUAAAAGCACAAAAACGAGAUCAAAGCAAAUUUUAUGGUGAAUUGUUAGAGAAGAGACGCACAGAGGCUGAAAAAGAACAAGAAAAAAUGAGAUUGAAAAAAGUGAAGAGAAAAGAAGAGAAACAAAAAUGGGACGAUCGACAUUGGUCCGAGAAGGCGUUGAAUGAAAUGACUGAGCGCGAUUGGCGUAUCUUCAGAGAGGAUUAUAAUAUCACAAUAAAGGGUGGUCGUAUUCCUGAUCCUAUUCGUUCUUGGAAAGAAUCCGGUUUUCCAAAAGAAAUCCUGGACAUUAUCGACAAAGUGGGCUACAAGGAUCUCACGCCCAUUCAACGACAAGCAAUUCCUAUCGGUUUACAGAAUCGAGAUAUCAUUGGUGUUGCUGAGACUGGUUCGGGCAAGACAUUAGCCUUCCUGAUUCCACUGUUAUUAUGGAUUACUAAUCUACCAAAAAUCGAAAGGCUCGACGAAGCGGACCAAGGGCCCUACAGUAUUAUUUUGGCGCCAACACGUGAGUUAGCACAACAAAUAGAAGAAGAGACUAAUAAAUUCGGACAACCGUUGGGCAUCCGAACUGUUGUGGUAGUAGGUGGUCUAUCGAGAGAGGAACAAGGUUUUAGAUUGCGAAUGGGUUGUGAGAUUGUUAUUGCUACACCUGGUCGAUUGAUAGAUGUUUUGGAAAAUCGAUACCUCGUAUUGAAUCAGUGCACUUAUAUUGUACUGGAUGAAGCUGAUAGGAUGAUAGAUAUGGGAUUUGAGCCAGAUGUGCAAAAAAUUCUGGAAUACAUGCCUGUCACAAAUUUAAAACCGGACAAUGAGGAUGCAGAAAAUGAAGAGAAGCUUCUAGCCAACUAUAAUACAAAGAAGAAAUAUAGACAAACGGUAAUGUUUACCGCCACAAUGCCACCGGCUGUGGAACGUCUUGCUAGAACUUAUUUAAGGAGGCCGGCGGUAGUAUACAUCGGUAGCGUCGGUAAACCGACAGAACGCACCGAACAGAUAGUCCAUAUAAUGGGUGAGGCUGAUAAGCGAAAGAAACUCAUGGAGAUAUUGAGCAGAGGUGUCGAACCUCCUGUCAUUAUAUUCGUCAAUCAGAAGAAGGGUGCAGACGUUCUAGCGAAAGGCUUGGAAAAAUUCGGGUACAAUGCAUGUACCCUGCAUGGUGGAAAAGGCCAGGAACAGCGAGAAUACGCUUUGGCAUCUCUCAAAAGCGGGAGCAAAGAUAUUUUGGUGGCCACAGAUGUCGCAGGUCGAGGUAUUGACAUCAAGGAUGUUUCUAUGGUCAUCAACUAUGACAUGGCUAAAACUAUCGAGGAUUACACACAUAGGAUCGGACGAACUGGUCGCGCUGGCAAAGCUGGUCUUGCUAUUUCCUUCUGCACAAAAGACGAUAGUCAUUUGUUUUAUGAUCUCAAGCAAACCAUUCUCGCCAGUCCGAUAUCUACCUGUCCGCCGGAACUACUUAAUCAUCCAGAUGCUCAACAUAAGCCUGGAACGGUGGUCACCAAGAAGCGGCGAGAAGAGAAAAUUUUUGCUUAAUCUUUUUUUCAUGGUAGGUAUUUUAAUUAGAUGCUUGUAUCCACAUCGGAAUAUCAGAAGAUUCGGAGUUGCAAAAAAUAUAAGAGAAAAAUACCAUGA